CAACAGACCAAUUUUGAGUAUAACCAACAACCACGACUCUACUAAUACAUAAAAUACUCUCGCUCCACAACAUUUUGAUACCCGGAGGAGCUGAGUAGUAAGUUCAUCAUGUCUCUCGAUCCACCCACCUACCUUUAUUCGUUGAUGAACAACAUCCGCCAACGUCCAAUACCCUGGGAUGGCGCGGUACGAGCUGGCACAAUCACCGAUGAUCAGUUAAGCAAGAUUCGAGCUGUCGAUAAAGUAAGAAAAGAACAAAGAAAGGAGAUUGUAGAGAAAGAUCCGGAUGCGUAUAGAAAGCUUUUUGUUGGUUCGGAAGGAGAAUCAAGCGUUUUGGAAUCGGCAACGAAAGCAAAGCGCCCAGAUGUUGUUCAGUAUAUUUUGGUCUUGUUGGGCGAUUUACUCGAUGGUAUUAUAUCUGCCACUCAAAUGAGAACUGUAUGAGUACUGACGGAGACUGGAUAGAUAUUCCGACGUUAUCAAAGACUCUCUCGGAACACGACGAUCCAUACAGGCCUUUCCUCCCACUACUGGCCCAAUCCCCUGAACUUGAAAGCCCCAUACCCUUACUCACCUCUACGGUUCUCACAAGCAUAAUCUCCGGCUCUAAAGAUACAUCUCAAAAUGCUUUGGAGGCAAUGCCGAAACUGCUGCAUUAUUUAUCAACAUUGGCAAAGAGCUCUGAUGGCGGGUUACAGGAUAUCGCAGUGUUACAAUACUCAUCAUUGUUACAAGGCAAAAAGUCAAGAGAGCUAUUCUGGAAUCAAAGGUCUGACACAAUCGAACCAUUAAUUGCAAUCCUUAAAUCAGCUGCAGGUGUUACCAAUGGUGACUCUGAAUCAACAUUGUGGAGUGGUACUGCAAGUAUUCGAAGUGGACCAGAAGGAACGUUAGGCUGCGGAGUUGGUCUACAGUUGCUCUACCACGUACUCCUGGUUUUGUGGCAGUUGAGUUUUGAGGGUGCUGCCAUUGGCGAAGGACUUGAGGAGUAAGUAUUAGCUAUUGAGUGAUCCGUAGUUACACAACUAACUAAUUCAUAGCGAAUACGACAUUAUUCCACUUUACACGCAACUUUUGAGACUCUCACCAAAGGAAAAGACAACUCGAUUGUUAAUUUCCUCUCUAUACAACCUCCUUUCUUCGAAUCAGAGUUCAUUACUCCCCGUGGCGGUCUUCGCUCGUCUCCCAGCUCUUCUACAAAAUCUGAAUGGACGCCAUCUCACAGACGAAGAUCUUUUAGAGGAUCUCAAGAAGCUGAGCGAAAUUUUAGACGAGCACACAAAGACUCAAACUACAUUCGAUGAGUAUGCUGCAGAGGUAAACUCUGGCCAUCUUCGUUGGUCACCACCACAUCGAAAUCAAAUAUUUUGGGCUGAGAACGCUCGCAAAAUCCUCGAUUAUGAGCAAGGAGAGCUAUGUAAGAAGCUUGCGGAGAUUAUGAGUAAGCCUUGGGAAAAUGACAAGCAAGUUCUUGCUAUUGCUUGCAAUGAUGUAGGAUACUUGGUCAAAGAAGUUCCGGAGAAGAGGUAUCAAUUAGAAAAAUUGGGUCUCAAGACGAGAGUCAUGGAAUUGAUGUCGGAGCCUGACGAGACGGUGAGAUGGGAGAGUUUAAAUGCUCUUUCGGGAUGGUUGAGAUACAGUUUUGAGACGAAGUAAAGGAUUGGGUUGACGUGGUGAUUAUGGCCAUGGAAUAAGUUGUAUUAUUGAGAAGCUAGAAGCCUCAUGAGAGAGGCUGCAUCUUCAACCGUUUGCAAUUGAACCAACUCUCAGCAAACAAUCGAUUGUGUCGAUUACAAUUAGUGUAGAAACAAUGAUGAGGAUUUU